AUGGCUGAAGCUAUACCCGCAACGGGGAUCAAACAGACCCCCGAAUCCCAGGAACUCACUCUCAAAACAAUCCGCGAUGCAAUCCCCAAGCACUGCUUCGACCGCUCGCUCACCAUCUCCUGCGCCUAUGUCGCCCGGGACCUCCUUUACGCCAGCGUGCUCUUCUACGCCGCGCUCCAAAUCGACCUGAUCCCCUCGCAGCCCCUGCGCAUCCUCGCCUGGACCGCCUAUGGCUUCGCCCAAGGCUGCGUCGGUACCGGGAUCUGGAUCCUCGCGCACGAAUGCGGCCACGGCGCCUUCUCGCCGUACACCCUCGUCAACGACAUCAUCGGCUGGGCCCUGCACUCCCUCCUGCUAGUCCCCUACUUCAGCUGGAAAAUCACCCACGCGCGCCACCACCGCUACACAAACAACACCGAGCGCGACACAGCCUUCGUCCCCUGGACAGACAAGGACUACGAGGCCCGCCCCCGCAACCUCCCCGCCUGGCUGGAGCACUUCGAAGAUACCCCCAUCUACUCCUUCCUCAGUCUUCUCAUGCACCAGCUCGCCGGGUGGCAGAUGUAUCUCUGCUUCUACGUAACAGCAGGCACAAAGAGCCGCCCCGUCCAGGGCAAGGGCAACGGCUGGUUCGGGUACCAGCAGAGCACAAGCCACUUCGACCCAGCGAGUUCUCUCUGGACCGAGAACCAGCGGCACCUGAUUGCGAUCUCCGACUUUGGUCUCCUCCUCGUCGGCUCCGCAGUCUGGUACCUCGGGCAGCAGGUCGGAUUGCUCAAGAUGGCCCUGCUCUACUUCGUGCCUUAUAUGUGGGUUCAUCACUGGCUGGUCGCGAUUACGUAUCUGCACCACACGCACCGCGACAUCGCGCACUACACGGAUGCGACGUGGACGUUUACGCGCGGGGCGCUGUCCACUGUGGAUCGGGAUUUCGGGUUCAUUGGACGCCAUUUCUUUCAUCAUAUUAUUGACCACCAUGUGGUGCAUCAUCUGUUCUCGCGCAUUCCGUUUUACCGCGCCGAGGAGGCGACCGAUGCUAUUAUCCCCGUGCUCGGGGAUCAGUAUCAUAAGGAGGAGACGGGGUUUUUGAGGAGUCUUGCGCAGACUUAUAAGGCUUGUCAGUUUGUGGGCGAGACGGAGAAGGAUAGUGGGGUUUAUCAUUGGGUUGAGACUGAUAAGGGUGUUAAGGCGGAGUAG